UGCGAAGUUGCUCCGGACGAGAGACGAACCGGGAGCGACGGAGCGGCAACGAGGGAUAUCGGCGGUGCGGAAGUACAGUGUUCUCUACACGCGUGAGAGUUGUCCGUAUCGACUACGAGAAUGGAGAUCGAGAUCCUGUCGGCGAAAUCCUCGAAGCGGAUAGCCAACGUGAAUGUAAAUCCGAGCACUACGAUAGCCGAAGUGAAACAGCAGUUGUAUGAAUUAAAGAAGGCACCGUACGUCCAGAGGCAGAGCCUGAGAGUGAACGCCAAGGGAAAAGCGUUGUCCGACUCGGAGACAAUUAAAUCCCUGUCGCUGAAGGCGGGUGGAAAGUUAUAUUACAAGGAUCUCGGCCCUCAGAUCGGUUGGAGGACCGUCUUCCUGCUGGAGUAUGCGGGACCUCUGGUGGUGUAUCUCUGGCUGUAUCAGCGUCCCUGGCUGUUUUAUGGAAACGUGAACACCGAUAAUAUUCACUAUGUAACCAAGUGCGCGGCAGGCGCCUGGACGUUGCAUUACGCGAAGCGUCUCUUGGAGACCGUGUUUGUCCACCGUUUCAGCCACGCGACGAUGCCGUUGCGUAACCUGUUCAAAAAUUGCUCCUAUUACUGGCUCUUCGCUCUGUACGUGGCGUAUCACACGAACCAUCCAUUGUACACGCCUCCCUCCAGGAUCUCGUUCCUCAUUGGAUCGGCGAUAUUCAUGCUGUGCGAGCUGGGUAAUCUCAGUAUUCACAUAGCUCUGAAGAACUUGCGACCACCGGGCACCACGGUCAGGAAAGUCCCGAUGCCGACCAGCAAUCCCUUCACCGCGCUCUUCAACCUCGUCUCCUGUCCCAAUUACACGUACGAAAUUGGCAGUUGGAUCGGUUUCAGCAUAAUGACGGAGUGCGCUCCGGCUAUGCUGUUCACGCUCGCCGGCGCAUAUCAAAUGACCAUAUGGGCAAUCGGCAAGCACCGCGCGUACCAGACGGAGUUCUCGCACUAUCCGAAAGACCGCAAAAUCAUCUGUCCAUUCGUUUUCUAAAUCAAGACAUUCAUUUGCGGAAUAGUAUCGGUGAUUCUCCCGAUACUAUGUUGAUUUUUUUUGUUGCUGUUUUUAUUUUUGCGAGAGUAAGUAAUUAAGAUUAAUUAAUGGAGAUGUUUAGCAGUUACGGCAAGCAUGUGAUGAAGGAUAGUAUCAAUUUCUAGUUAAAAAACAAAAUGAAAUCCGUGAGAGAGCAAAAGAGAUAUAUACGCAUUUCAAUUCCAUUUUUUAUUUUUAUAUAAAUCUUGGGUGGGGUUUGUCUUUUGUCUAUAAUGAAAUAAUGUAUAUCUUACGAAUACAGCGUUAUAAUAUAUAUAAAACGCUCUUACUUCUCUUUGAAGGUAAAUAUGCUUACAUGUUUAAUUACAGUAUAUAGAAAGAACGUAUAUAUUUAUAUAUAUACAAAAUUAUUUUUACUAUAUGUAAAAAAAUAUGAAACAUUGAUUUGUCAUUAAAACUAUGCAAUACUUUAAGUAUUGUAAAGUUGAAAACAAUUAAAUGUCACAAACUUA